CCCCCAACAAGUUUGUGGUGCAAAAUUCACCAGUCAAAAUCCGGUCCUCCUCGAUCACAAUCCCGACGACAUGAAAUCAACACAAUACAUGGUCAAGAUUAACGCAACAGAAAUACUCCUUAGCAGAAACAAAAAUACUGACAAUGGCAGAAAUUUUGCAAGAGAAAUACAUACUCUACAGAAACAAAAUAGUGACAACAACAGACAGAAUUUCGCAAAUUGCACUGAGUUUCACUUGUUUGCAGAAACAAAAAAAAAAGAAAUCAAUCAUCAUUAAAUAAUCAACAACUUGAUUUAUUUGAUUUUAUUUAUCUUCCUGGUGUGUGUGUGUGUGUUCUCAGACUUCAAGUUUAAAAGUCAGAUGACUGGGAUGAAUUGGUAGGGUCAUAGGCCUGGUGUGUUCAUGUGAACUCCAAGCUCCCAUCCCAUGCACGGGCCGCCCUCCGGGAAUCACUCUCAGAGUGCGAUCGUUUGAGCCCCACCUUCCUCUCACCAUCAAAAAGCAAGGCCAGCAUCUUAGGUGUAGAAUCUAGGUGGCGAAUCACAUCAUCCUCCUGUGGACCUCAUCAACACUAAAUACUCCUCAAAUCUAAUAAAAUGUUCAUUCUCAUGCCCAUCAACUUUGAUGAUUUAAGCUUUCCCAUGUACAACAACUCCCAUAUAUUGUCCAUCACUCACUGUUCUUUUUCCCUCGCUUGUUUUAACUAACAGGUUCAGGUUGUUGUUACCUCAGAAAACCCAAGUGGAAUUGUCAAGAACACCCUUCAUUAUCCAAGUUGCCACUUGCCAUCUCUCUCAUGGAUUCUAUUCUAUUCUAUUCAUCAAACAGCACCAAGAUUUCCUUUUAAAUCUCCCUCCUCCCCUUCUUCUUCCAAACCACCACCACCAAUACCAUCACCUUCUUUACCUUCUCUUGUAUACCAAAACCAUAAACAUGACAACCUUGUCCAUUUCCACCACUGUCAAGUUCUUGAUGAUCUUCUUCUUCAGUAGUAGGAUUGCUAUGCAAACGUAUAACACUGACGUUGACUCAACUCUGAGUGAGUUGAGUCUCGACGGAGAAUUCGACUUUCAUAAUGUAUCGCAUGCUGCAAAAGACUUCGGCAACCGGUUUCAGUUUCAGCCGUUUGUCGUCUUAACACCAAAGACUAUUUCUGAUAUAUCUGCUACAAUCAAGCAUGUUUACCAAAUGGGGCAGAGUUCUUCAUUAACUGUUGCUGCUAGAGGUCAUGGACAUUCACUCCAGGGUCAGGCUCAAGCACCGGGUGGCAUCGUUAUCCAAAUGGAGUCUCUUCAGCAGCAAGAGAUUUAUGUGCACUCAGGAAGGUUAUCAUCAUAUGUGGAUGUUUCUGCAGGAGAGUUGUGGAUAAAUGUUCUGCUUGAGAGUCUCAAGCAUGGCCUUGCACCCAAAUCAUGGACUGACUAUCUUCAUCUCACUGUUGGCGGCACAUUAUCUAAUGCUGGAAUCAGUGGGCAGGCUUUCAAGCAUGGUCCACAGAUUAGCAACGUUCAUCAGCUAGAGAUUGUUACAGGGAAAGGUGAGGUUGUUACCUGCUCUCCUGGAGAAAAUGUUGAUCUCUUCUAUGGUGCUCUUGGAGGACUUGGUCAGUUUGGAAUCAUCACCAAAGCUAGAAUUGCACUUGAGCCAGCACCACAAAUGGUGAGAUGGACUAGAGUUCUGUACUCAGACUUCACUGCAUUCACACAAGAUCAAGAGAUGUUGAUAUCAGCGAAGAAGACGUUUGACUACAUCGAAGGCUUUGUGAUAAUAAACCGGACAGGAAUUCUUAAUAACUGGAGGUCCUCCUUCAACCCUCAGGAUCCUGUUCAAGCCAACCAUUUCAAAUCAGAUGGGAAAACACUAUUUUGUCUUGAGAUGACAAAAAACUUCAAUGCUGAUGAAACAGAUAUCAUGAACCAGGAAGUUAAAACACUCUUGUCACAACUGAGAUAUAUACCGUCAACACUGUUCCAGUCAGAGGUCACAUACUUGGAGUUCUUAGACAGAGUGCAUGUAUCUGAAGUCAAGCUGAGGUCAAAAGGUUUGUGGGAGAUUCCACACCCAUGGUUAAACCUUCUCAUACCAAAAAGUAAAAUUCAUGACUUUGCUGAUGGAGUCUUUGGCAACAUUCUUAAAGACAGCAACAAUGGUCCCAUCCUUUUCUAUCCACUAAACAAAUCCAAGUGGAAUAACAAAACAUCAGCAGUCAUUCCAGAUGAGGAGGUUUUCUACCUGGUGGCUUUCCUUUCCUCAGCACCAAACUCAUCAAAUCAUGACAGUCUAGAUCGUGCAUUAGAAAUGAAUGAAAAGGUACUAGAUUUUUGCAAGAGAGCUGAUAUUGGAAUGAAGCAAUACUUGCCUUAUUACAGCAGUGAAGAAGAGUGGAAGGCCCACUUUGGCUCCAGAUGGAAACUCUUUGCCCAAAGAAAAACAUUCUAUGAUCCUCUGUCUAUCCUUGCACCAGGGCAGAAAAUUUUUAGAAGGGCGGUAUAUACUUCAUGAAAAAAAAUACAUAGUUUACAUCUGCUUACAUCUUGUACAAAAGUCAGGCAGAGACAUUUCUGAACAUACAUACAGGGAAUUUCACUUACUUUGGAUGUACAGAGCAACAAGAAAUACAUAUGCCUAAGGGUUAAAAUCAUGAAUUGUAUAUACACCUGUGUAAAAAUUUCAUUUGCUCAUGCAUACAUGACUUAUUUUAAAAUCUUUUGUUGGUAUGUAGUAUCUUUAACCACUAACUGACAGAGUUAUACAGUGCGAUUUUUUUUUACCUUUUGAGUAUGUCCCUACCAAACUUAAAUUGCGUGGAUACCACCAGAGGUCAUUCAUGGACAAUGUUGACCAUCCCUUGAAAUCUAUAAAAUAAUGACAAAAGAUGUAAACGAGACAUUGCAAAAUCUAAUUAAUGGUUGUAUAAAAUAAUUGUUAUUUAACCACAACUAAACUUUCAUGUGUUAACCAAAUGGUGAUUAAUGGAACACGCCCAAAAAUCUUAAAUUUAUAAACAGAAUUUGUCAGAAAAAAAAAUCAAAAUAGUGGCCAUUAGUGUCCACAGUUUUAAAGUUGGUAAUACAUAUAUACACAAAUAAAAAUAUCUUGGAACAAUCAUAUGGAUCUUGCAGCAACUUUUUCACAGUUCAUUUAAUAACCUUUACUACUUAGUCUAAUGUUAGAACAACUUAAAAUAAGCCAAAAUUUGUCAAAGUCACCUUCUGUUACAAUUGAAUCAUGCAUAUAAAUCAGGUAAAGCUUAAAGACUAGCCAGAAUCAUCAAGUAAAAAGAUUAGAUUUGGAUGAAAAAUUUAUUAUGAAAUGAUUUCAAAAUAACUUAGUAUUCUUGGUGUUAUAUUAUUUCCACAAUAACCUGUAAGUGUAAGCCAUGAGUGAUAAGUCCAAUAAUAAAAGUUAAAAAUGUCAGAGGAUGUGGUCACCAAACUCUGAAGCAUAGCUCUAACAGCCAAAUAGCUCAAAGUAAAAA